UGAAAGGGAAAAAAAAGAAGAGCACGACUGUUUCUGGUGGUGGAUGGUUGGUGUUUAUUCCUCUUCUCUUCGUCUGUGGAGGGGAGAGAACGCUCUCUCUCUCUCUCUACCCUCUUCUCUUCAAUUCCUUCUCUAAAUCUCACCAAAUUAUAUCUCUGUUUUGUUUCUCUUGAUCAUCGGUUGAAAUUUUGAUAUCAAGAACAGGAGGACAGGAAAUGCUCUGUGAUGGGUAUUCCGGCGAGUUUUGUUGAUGUGUGAUAUAUUGACCUGUUAAUUUAACAAUUUUCUGGUCAUGGAAUUUGAUGCCGGUAUUCCUAUGUCACGGGCUUCUAUCACUGAGGACCAUACCUCCCUAGAUGAAGGUGCCAUGUGGCAAUUGAAUUUGAGAUCAAGUGAAGCAAUGGAAUCUGUACAUUAUCCUGUUCGUGAAGGAGAGCCAGACUGUGCAUAUUACAUCAGGACAGGCUUAUGCAGAUUUGGGGCAACUUGUCGAUUUAACCAUCCUCCUAAUAGAAAACUGGCCAUAGCUACUGCAAGCAUGAAAGGUGAAUAUCCAGAAAGAUUAGGCCAGCCUGAGUGUCAGUACUACCUGAAGACAGGAACAUGUAAGUUUGGAGCCACAUGCAAGUUUCAUCAUCCCAGAGACAAGGCCGGGAUUGCUGGAAAAGUUCCUCUGAAUGUUUUAGGCUAUCCGCAUCGUCCGCAUGAGCUAGAGUGUGCAUACUAUUUAAGAACUGGUCAAUGCAAGUUUGGGAGCACUUGUAAAUUUCACCAUCCGCAACUGUCUAAUAUGAUGGUCUCUUUACGUGGUUCGUCUAUUUAUCCUCAAGUCCAGUCUCCCACUGCCCAUGGUCAGCAAUCAUUUCCUGGAGCAAUCUCAAACUGGCCCUUGUCAAGAGCUUCUUUUCUGGGCACCCGAUGGCAAGGCCCUUCAAGCUAUGGUCCUAUGAUUCUACCUCAGAGUGUGGUAUCAAUCCCAGGAUGGAAUACAUUUAGUGGUCAAAUGGGGUCAGUUUCAUCUUCAGAAAGCCAGACACAUGCUGCAGGAGGAAACAGUCAAAUUUUGGGAGCUUCGCAUCAUCAGGGUGAGAUGGUUUCUGCAGGAUCUCAAGGAACACUUUCUUCAUUUCGUGCUGGUUCUUCUGUCCCUUUGGGUUAUUAUGCAUUGCAAAGGGAUAAUGUUUUCCCUGAGAGACCAGGCCAGCCUGAAUGCCAAUUUUAUAUGAAGACUGGAGAUUGCAAAUUUGGUGCAGUUUGCAGAUUUCAUCAUCCCAGUGAAAGAUUAAUUCCAACACCAGAUUGUCUGUUGAGUUCGUAUGGCCUUCCUUUGCGUCCAGGAGAACCAUUGUGCAUCUUUUAUUCUCGCUAUGGAAUCUGCAAGUUUGGCCCAAAUUGCAAGUUUGAUCAUCCAAUGGGAGGUUUUACUUAUAAUACAUCUUCUGCAUCAUCUUCUUCCAACAUACCUGUUGUUCGUCAUAUGUUGGGUUCACCCUCUGGACCUGCUACUUUAGUUUUGUCUUCAGAAGGACUUGUCGAAGUAGGCUCAGUGAAGCAACGUCGAUAUUCACUAUCGGAAUCAAGGCAGAUACAUUCUGGUGACGAUGAUAUCGACACAGAAGGAUGAUGAAUAUUCUCACCCACAAAAAAAAAGGGCGGUUCAUAAUGAACCCGAGUUGUUGUCUGUAAAAAUUCAUUUCCAAAUGAUGGAAAUGUACAGGUUUCAUGUUGAAGUCAGAAUUAUAAUUCUUCUGAAACUUCAUUCAGUUGACAAGCUUGACCUCUGACAACUGUUCCUGCAUUGUAUAAAUCUACAAAUGCUUGUAGCAUUUGCGGAAAUUGUAUUUGAAGUUUAUCGUAUAAUCAUAUCUCCCCAUAAAUAUUUA